UGUUACCUACCGGUUGUUUGUUGUUGGUUAUUCGUUGUUUCCAGUCUACGCAUCACGUCUAAAACUAUAAUUUUAGCACAAUACUGCAUCUUUCGUACACAUUUCAUACAUUUAUCGCUUCUACAACUUUGAAUACAAACUUUUCACGUUUUUUGUGUUCCCAAUUGGGAUAACCUCAAUGUCUUCAGAAGACGAAGAUGUGCCCCUGCCGAAGAAGAGUAAACAGAUCCACUAUGGAUCCCUGGAGGAGCAGGAGAAAGCCAGGCUGGCGGCCCUGGCCGCCGCCGCUAAGGAGGGCGUGGAGGAUUCUGAUGGCAAAGAAUUGGGAGACAUUCAAAUUUCCAAUGAAUAUAUGGAGCUGGAAGAAGAGAUGUCGAGGGACAAGAAAGCUCUCCUCGAAGAGUUUGAGAGGAGACGGAAAGCUCGGCAGCUGAAUGUGUCCACAGAUGAUGAUGAGGUGAGACGCAGUCUGCGGCAGCUUGGUGAGCCCGUGUGCCUCUUCGGCGAGGGCCCGGCGGAGCGGCGCGUGCGCCUCAGAGACUUGCUCAGCUAUCUCGGCGAGGACGCGAUCCACAAGAAGCUGGAGGAGGAGGAGGCGCGCAUAGAGAGGGACCGGGGCAGGGAGGGCACCUGGUACCACGAGGGCCCCCCGGAGCUGAGGCAGGCGAGGCUCUGGAUAGCCAGAUAUUCUCUGCCGAGGGCCAAGAAACGAUUGACGAAAGCGCGUGAGGAGCUCUCGUUAGCGGGCAGCGUGCGCGCGGCCGCCCGGCAGGAGUCGCAGAGGCGGGCCUCCGCCACCGCCAUAUACUGCAGUCAGAUCGGCGACACUCGUCCGAUAAGUUUCUGCCGGUUCAGUAGCGAUAGUAAGAUGCUCAUCACUUCCAGCUGGUCAGGGCUGGUCAAAGUGUGGUCGGUGCCGGAGUGCACGCUGUUGCAAGUGCUCCAAGGUCACACGUGCAAUGUCAGCGCGGCCACCUUCCACCCGCAGGCCGUGUCGCCCCCGCAUUUCAACGAGAAGAUAAACGCCGCCAAUGAUCCGACAUCUGACCAUAAAAUGGACGCGUCGGAAGCUAGCGAGCGUUGCGCAAUGGCGUCAUGCGCAUACGACGGUAGUGUUCACCUUUGGAACUUUGUCAGCUCAUCGCCGAUACAAUCGCUUCCCGGACACGGGCCGAGUCGCGUGUCCAGGGUAGAAUUCCACCCGUCCGGCAGAUUCCUGGCGACAGCCGUCUACGACAACUCUUGGAGGCUGUGGGACCUUCACACUGCCACGGAAGUUCUCCAUCAGGAGGGUCACGCGAAGCCCGUAUACUGCGUGGCGUUCCAGGGGGAUGGUUCUUUGGCCGCUACCGGCGGUCUGGACGCGUUCGGCCGCGUGUGGGACAUCCGCACUGGGCGCUGCGUGAUGUUCCUGGAGGGGCACCUCGGCGCGCUGCACGGGCUGGACUGGAGCCCCGCCGGACACCAGCUGGCGUCCGCCGCCGCCGACAACCAGACAAAAAUAUGGGAUCUGCGUCGGCGAGCACCAAUAUACACGAUACCUGCGCAUACGCAUCUGCAAAGCGACGUGAGAUACCAGCGCAGUCACGGUCAUUACCUACUGACGUCGUCAUACGACAGGACGGCGAAGCUGUGGUCAAAUCCCGCGUGGCAUCCGCUCAGGACGCUAUCGGGGCACGAUAACAAGGUGAUGAGCGCGGACAUCUCAUAUGACAAUAAAUACAUCGCGACAUGUUCCUACGACAGGACUUUCAAGCUUUGGGCGCCGGAGUUGGCGUAAAUCGUAAAACGCAAAUGGUGUUACUAACGAAGAAAAUACAGCGCCGGGCGUCUAAGUUGACCCUAGAAUUUGACACUUCUUUGGCGCGAAUUGGAAAUUUUUCGUCUGUGGAAAAUUUCUGAGUAGCGUCCAUAGAGUAGAUUUUUAGUUCAACUCUAGGCGGGCAAUUUACUUUCGUGGUGUUGAAAACAGUGAUGGGAAAUCGUUUUUUUAAAUAUCGAUAUCGAUUUUAAUAAGGUGAAAGCUGUGCUUGACUAAACCUUGUUAAUAUCAUGGAGAGUGAAAUAAUUUUGUAUAAUAAAUGAUUGAAAGA